CAGAGGAGCAGCUACCAGCAGCCUCAUUGAAGCCUCAUUGAAGCCGCUGGCUGCUGCACAAGGUGCGGCAGAGGAAAAACAGAGACGGGACUCCAUCGCUAGCUAACGGCUAGUGCGGGCUAGUGCGGCUGACGUUUAUUUAUUUAUUUUGUCCCCGUUUUGCAUCAACAAAAAAAAGGAGCCAACACUGGAUGUAGAUCGAUUUUUUUUAAACGUGCGACGUUCAAGUAGGUUGUUAGUUUGUACCCAAAGCGUCGACGUGUGCGGCUAAACGGAAGCGGGGUCACACGGCAACAUCUUCACCCUCAGCCGGAGAAUCAGCGAAGCUAGCGCGAGGAAGCUAAUGCUCGGAUAGCUAGCGGACUAGCUCCGACGAGUGCGUCAACGCCGAGACCCCGAUUUUGACUGAGUUGUUUGUUUGUUUUUAUUGACGCCAGCGUUACAAUGGCUGACGUUGACAAGCUCAACAUAGACAGUAUCAUCCAGCGUCUCUUAGAAGUCAGAGGAGCAAGGCCCGGCAAGAAUGUGCAGCUCCAGGAGAACGAGAUCCGUGGAUUGUGCCUCAAAUCCAGGGAGAUCUUCCUCAGUCAACCCAUUCUCCUGGAACUGGAGGCCCCCCUCAAGAUUUGUGGCGACAUCCACGGGCAAUACUAUGACCUGCUGAGGCUGUUUGAGUAUGGGGGCUUCCCUCCAGAGAGCAACUACCUGUUUCUGGGAGACUAUGUGGACAGGGGGAAGCAGUCUCUGGAAACCAUCUGUCUUCUGCUGGCCUACAAAAUCAAAUACCCUGAGAACUUCUUCCUACUGAGGGGAAACCAUGAGUGUGCUUCAAUCAACAGAAUAUAUGGUUUCUAUGACGAGUGUAAAAGAAGGUACAACAUCAAACUCUGGAAGACCUUCACAGAUUGUUUCAACUGCCUCCCAAUUGCCGCCAUUGUUGAUGAGAAGAUCUUUUGCUGCCACGGAGGACUGUCACCUGACCUUCAGUCCAUGGAGCAGAUCAGACGCAUCAUGCGCCCCACUGAUGUGCCUGACCAGGGCCUGCUGUGCGAUCUGCUCUGGUCUGAUCCAGAUAAGGAUGUUUUGGGCUGGGGGGAGAACGACAGAGGUGUAUCAUUUACCUUCGGCUCAGAGGUGGUGGCCAAGUUCCUGCAUAAACAUGACCUGGAUCUGAUCUGUCGUGCCCAUCAGGUUGUUGAAGAUGGCUAUGAAUUUUUCGCAAAGAGGCAGCUUGUCACUUUGUUCUCAGCACCUAACUAUUGUGGGGAGUUUGACAAUGCUGGUGCCAUGAUGAGCGUGGAUGAGACCCUCAUGUGCUCUUUUCAGAUUUUGAAACCAGCUGAGAAGAAGAAGCCCAACGGCAGCCGUCCUGUGACUCCACCUCGCAACAUGGUCACCAAGCAAGCCAAGAAAUGAGGGGCUGGGUGGGGAGUCUCACUCCUCUGUUCUGCUUUCGUCUCCUGCAUUCGAAGGAUUGUUUUUCCUUCAUGCUGCCAAUACUGAAAAUAUAUCCACUCCUACACGAUGAAAGCAAAAUAUUUUUGUUGUUUUGUCCACAGGGGUAAAUUGAUAUGUCACCAUGAAAACCUCAGGUGUUUUGCACUCCAUUUUGCAGCUAGUCUUGCCACAUAUGACUGUUCAAUCAGGAAAAAUGUAACAAUAUGGCUACUUAUGCACAGGAAUGCCUUGUUUAAAGCUGUGCACAAUAUUUCCAGUUUGUUUCAUGUUUUUUCCAUUUGUCAUCUUUUUUCUCACCAUCAAUAAUGGGUAUUAGUGGUUAUAAAACUUGCGGGGAAAGUCACAAACACCUGUUUACGCCUGUAAAAUUUUAUUUACAGUUAAUUUACAGAAACAUUGACUUCACACUGCAUCAUCACAUUUUUAAACAAGUCUUGUGCUAAACUAAACGAAUAAGAGAGCACUCUUGUAAUGUCUAAAUCUUUCUAAUAAACUUUGAGUGUAUUUUAGGGGGAAA